AUGCUCGCCAACAUGGCGCGCCUGAUCCGCUCUGCCGGAUGUCUUAUCAUCGGCGACGAAGUCCUCAACGGCAAGAUUUUGGACACAAAUCUGUUUGAAUUUGCAAAGUUCUGUUUCAGCGAGCUUUGCGUGCCGCUCAAGAAAACGGUGGUCUGUGGUGAUGACCACAGCGACAUUGUAGCGUCGCUUCAGGUGUUGCGCAAUGCUGAAUGUGACUUCAUUGUCACCAGUGGUGGAAUUGGAUCCACGCAUGAUGAUAUUACAUACGACGCCAUUGCGGCCGCGUUCAAUGUGCCCUGCACGUUGGAUCUGGAGACUGUAGCGAAGAUGAAUGCCCUUCGAGGAGACUACCUUCUGAAACUCACACAGCCGCAAAGAGAUGCAUUCUAUCGAAUGGCCACCAUUCCGCAGGCCUCCGAGUCUGUGCCCGUGCUGAAACUCUUCACUGAUAAAAGUUUGUGGGUGCCCAUUGUUGGCGUCAACGAGCAGGUGUAUAUUCUACCGGGCGUGCCGCAGCUAUUCAAGCGGCUUUUGAGCGGGCUCGGCGAGUCGGUCAAGCCGCGCGUCAUUCAGCUGAAGUGCAAUCGCUAUUUUGUGAAGACAACAACUGGCGAGCUGUCUUUGGCCCCUUACUUGACUGCUUUGCAGCAGCGCUGUAAUGAAACCUACGGGCCAGGUGCGGUUAAGCUUGGGUCUUACCCUCACCUCAACUGGAGGAUCAACACAAUCAGUAUAAUUGGCGAAGAAGCCGUCCCGAUUGAUGCUUUGAGAAGCAUUGUUGCCGAGGUUGUUGCCAAUAUCGGCGAAAAUGCCGCCGAGAUUACUAGCGAAGAAGAAGAUCUUAUGAGCACAACAGAACCGCCGGUGGCUUAA